AUGUACGGGAUCCAGGAGCAUCUGAUAAGAGACGUCAGCGGAUUAAAAGAAAGAACUCUAGGAGAGGAGAUGGAUCCAGUCCGGUCCUGGGUGCGUAAUGUCGGUGUUGUGGAUGCUAACGUAGCAGCGCAAAGUGGUGUAGCUCUCUCCAGGGCCCACUUUGAGAAGCAGCCACCCUCUAACCUGCGCAAGUCCAACUUCUUCCACUUCGUCCUGGCACUCUAUGACAGACACGGACAGCCUGUAGAGGUGGAGAGGACUUCCUUCGUGGACUUUGUGGAACAGGACAAGGAGCAGACGGGAGAAAAGACCAACAACGGCACGCACUACAAGAUACAGCUUCUCUACAGCAAUGGGGUUCGUACGGAACAGGAUCUUUAUGCACGACUUAUUGACUCAGUCACUAAACAGCCCAUAGCAUAUGAGGGACAGAACAAGAAUCCUGAAAUGUGCCGUGUUCUGCUCACUCACGAGGUUAUGUGCAGUCGCUGUUGUGAGAAGAAAAGCUGUGGAAACCGCAACGAGACGCCCUCUGACCCAGUCAUCAUUGACAGAUUCUUCUUGAAGUUUUUCCUGAAGUGUAACCAAAAUUGUCUGAAGACAGCAGGGAACCCAAGGGACAUGAGGAGAUUUCAGGUGGUCCUGUCCAGCACUGUGAGUGUAGACGGACAUGUCUUAGCUGUGUCUGACAACAUGUUUGUCCACAACAACUCCAAACACGGCCGGAGAGCCCGCAGGCUGGAGCCGGGAGAGUCAGUGGAGAACGGCAUGGAAUACGCCACCCCCUGUAUCAAAGCCAUCAGCCCCAGUGAGGGCUGGACCACGGGCGGGGCCAUGGUCAUUGUGAUCGGGGAGAACUUCUUUGACGGGCUGCAGGUGGUGUUCGGCAGCAUGCUGGUGUGGAGUGAGUUGAUCACGCCCCACGCCAUCCGUGUCCAGACGCCCCCUCGCCACAUCCCAGGGGUCGUGGAGGUCACGCUGUCCUACAAAUCUAAACAGUUCUGCAAGGGGACACCUGGGCGCUUCAUCUACACAGCGCUGAAUGAGCCCACCAUAGACUACGGUUUCCAGAGACUUCAAAAGGUCAUCCCCAGACACCCUGGUGACCCUGACAAACUGGCCAAGGAGAUGCUACUGAAGAGAGCAGCUGAUCUGGUAGAGGCCUUGUAUGGAAACCCACACAGUAAUCAGGACAUGUUGCUGAAGCGUGCAGCGGACAUUGCUGAGGCCCUGUACAGUGUUCCCCGUCCCCACAGCCAGCUGCAGGCCCUGCCUAGUUCCCCAGCCCAUGGCAGUGUGAUGGGCCUGGGCUCAUACCCCUCCCAGCUGGGGGUCAGCAUCGGAGAGCCAGGACAAACCAGCCAGGGUUAUAUUCGUAACUCCAGCAGUUUGUCCCCACGGGGAUACCCCUCUGCCUCCACCCCUCAGCAGUCGGGCUAUGGGGGAGGUGGAGGCAUGAGUGGCGGGUAUGGGGCAGUGCCCAUGACUAGUCUGGGGGUGCCAGGAUCCCCUGGUUUUAGCAGUGCCUCCCCCACUGGUUCUCCCUAUGGCAUAAUGCCAUCUAGUCCCACCAUCCCAGGUUCCAGCUCCUCCUCCUCCCUCCUGCCGUUCUCCUCCUUCCCGUCCUCAGCCAAACAGAAGAGUGCCUUUGCUCCCGUUCUCCGGCCCCAGGGAUCCUCCUCUCCUGCCUGCCCCGCCUCAGGAGGCAACAGCUUCAGAGCGAUGACCGGCCUGGUAGUUCCCCCGAUGUAG